AUGUCUGCUGCUACAACUGAUGCUGUCAGCACCAGCGACUCAAUUAAAACCGAACAGAAUGAGAACGUUCAGGUCUCUAUAAAAUUACCUGUUUUAUCAAUUCCUCGUCACCAUCAUCAUAAUAAUAACGAUACCAAAGGGAAGAAAUCUAACCGCAACCACAAAGCAUCUUCAACUACAGCUGACAACACCAAAAAGAAUGAAUUGCUUUUCCAAUUCAACAAAGAUGUCAAAAUCAGAACAGUUGUAGAUGUUUUAGCCAUCUCUGAACAAUCUAAAUAUUUGACGAAUAUUCAAUUAACUCAUAACGGUAAAAUAUUGUCAGAGGAAGCUACUCUUGGUGAGUCAUUGGCAAAUAAUAAUGACAAAGUUGCUAAAUUGAACGUUUCUUUGAAACCCUACACUACUAGAAGUGGGUUACACCAUCUUUUAACUGUUCGUGAUUUUGUCGGGUUCUCUUCUGAAUCCAUCGAUGGGUUAUCUGAAUUCGCUAUCUCCACUCAUUCUAAAUUCAAUUCUUUACCAUUAGAUGAUAUUAAAGAAAAGAAAAUUCCAAUUGAAGAAAAGAAAGACCAAGAGAAAGAAGAAGGUACGAAAGAAGAAGAACCAAAGAAGAAAAAUGUUUUUGAAGUAAAUGAUGAAGAGAAGUCUAAAUUUGCAUCCAUGGUUCAUGAAAUUUUUGAAGCUUCCGCUAAUAGUUCCAUUAAUAAAUUACUGUCUGCUGAAACUGACAUAAUAACUCCAUGUCUUCGUUCUUUAUCAUUAUCUGGUUAUAAUCCAGUUCCUGUCUUUUAUAAAUCUAAAGGACAUUUGUUUUACAUUCAGGUUGUCACUUUAGAAAGUGAAACCUUCCACAUUACUGUCACUCCAUCUGGAUUUUUCGUUAAUAAAUCAUCUGCUACUAAAUUCGAUCCAAAUGAAAAAAUAUUUGAAGAAGAAGAUAAUAAAACUCAAAUUAAAUCUGGUACCUUCUAUACUUUGUACGAUUUAUUAGCUUAUCAUUCUAAAAAAUUCACUUCUCACGUGGAAGCGUUAGAAAAGAAAUUAUCUAAUUUAGAAUCCGUCUCCUACGUGAAACCAUUGACCACUUUCUUGCAUAAGCCAUGGAUGGUUUCAUCACCGACAAAUCCAUCAGAUUUUCUACGUUUACAAUUAACUUCUCAAGAUCUAUCUCCAAUAACAAAAUCAAACGAUACCACUUUCAAUGAUCAAUACCAAGCGAUUAAAGAUCUACCAUUAGAUUCGAUCCCUAACCGUAUCGAAUUUGAAAAAUUACAAACUAAAAUCACCCAUGAUUUCACCAUCGCAGCGAUCAAAGGUGCUAUGUCCAUCUUCACUAAUGAUUCGAUCCCAUUAAAUCCAGAAUCGGUUACCAACGAACACAUCUAUUUAAUUGAUGAUAUAUUCUAUUCAUUCGCUGAUAAAGUUUCCAACAAGGAUUUAAUCGUUGAUGAAGAAACUGCAAGAGUUUCCGCCACUCAAGAUUUGAAAACUAUAAACGUAUUAAAUAGAGUAAAAUUAGAUCAGGUAAGAUAUGUCUUAACAACCAUCGUUGAUUUCGCAGGGAAAAGAUUGAUUGCUCAAACUCCUGUUCCUGGAUUAUUAUCUUCUAUGGGGGCCAAAUUGGAAAAGGAUCCUGUUACUGAUGAAACUAUUUUGAAAGACUUUAAAAAUGAUGUUAUGGUUCAAUACGGGUUAGAUGAAGAAGAGGGGAAAAUCUUGUACGAUGAAGAAUUCGAUGCUGCAUUGGGUGCGGAAUUUGCUAAAAUCUUCCAUUUGCAAAAACAUCAUGCUAAAGUCUCCGCUGAUGAUGACGACAAUAAGAUUUGGUUUUCUUCCAAAUCAAGAGGGUUAAUUGGAUUCGAUAAGAGGAAAUAUGUUUUGGAUUUGGCUAAUACUUAUCCAAUUGAUAUUAACUUCGUGAAGGAACAUUUUGAUUCUUUUAAGGGUGAUACCUCCAGACGUUAUCCUCAUAGACAGACGUUAUUGCGUCCCGAGUUAGUCGAUAAAUGGUGGACUGAAAAAGUUGAAAAGGAAGAUGGGUUAGAUAUGGUUACUGCAUUCAACGAAAAUAAAUUCAACUAUAAUCCUGAUGCUUAUCAUAUUGAAGGUGUUGAAGAUAAGACUAUUGAUAAUAUGUCCACUUAUUUGAAUGAUGACAUUAUUCCAAAUGUGAUGAAAGAUUAUUUCGAAGGGAAGGCGAAUAUCCCGUACAAUGGGGAACAUUUAGUUGACACCUUACAUAAGCAUGGUAUUAACCUUCGUUACUUAGGUAAAAUCAUUGAAAUCACCAAGGAAUAUUUGGAAAGUGAAAAUACCAAGCAUUCUGCUAAAUUAGAAGAAGUUGCAAAGGAUAAUGCUGAUUAUGAGGAUUGGGAAGCUUCUUAUUUGAUGAAAAUUGAAAAAAUGAUUGCUGAAAGACAAGCCAAGAUUAACAAAUAUGUUCAAGAAGGUAAAGAAGUCCCACCGGAAUUGACAGGUGAUUUGAAAUUAAAUGAAGAUGAAUUAAGGAAACCAACUAAUGAAGAACCAGUCAUCGUUGCUAAAGAUGAAUUAGAGACUUUAAUUCAUGUAGCAGAAGUAGAAGUUAUUUCUCGUUCCAUUAAACAUUUCUUGAGAGCCUUUGCUAAACCUUUACCAGUGGCAUUAGUUCCAUCAUUAAUUUCUUUCGUUUUCAAUUUGUUAUUUGGGGAACAAUAUAAUGCAGAUCCAAAACCAGAAGAAGUUAAUGAAUUUUACCCAACAAAGUCAUAUGAAUUCGUCAAUUUGACUCGUGCAUCCAUCUUGGAAUUUAUCCAAAAAGAAGCAUUUUUGCGUUUCCGUUAUGAAUUACCAGAAAAUUGGAUCAAUAAGCAUACAGGAAAUCCAUUCCAAUUAAUCAGAUCUAUUUGUUAUAAAUUUGGUAUUCAAUUAAUCAAUAAGGAAUAUUUCCUAAGAAGGGAACAAUAUGAAUAUUAUAAGCAAUCUCAAGAUAAGAAAAUUAGAAAUAAAUUAGUUGAGCCAACAACCACAUUUGCUGUGAACGAUUUUGUAAUUAUUCCAAAGGUGAAGACAUCCGAAUGUACAUCAUUAAUCGCUCAAGAAUACUGGCAACAAGGUCUUUCAUUGAUUAAUGAAGAUCAAACCACUGCAUUAACUUCGUUUGCUCAAUCGAUUGCUGUCCUGGAAGAAGUCAACAGUGUUUUGCAUCCAACUGUUGCUGAGAAAUAUUUAGCUUUGUCGACAAUUUACAAUCAAUUAGGACUAUCAUCUGAAGCUGUUGCGUUCUGUCGUAAAUCAUGCAAAAUUUAUGAAAGAGUUUGUGGUAUUGAUUCCUUUGAAAUGUUAAGAGCCAUGAUUAAUUUAACAUUAUCAGAGAUUUCUAAUGAAAGUCCAUACAAUGCGUCUGUUAUUUAUAAGAGAAUUAUUUCCACUUUACAAGCAUUUCAAAUUGGUAGUGACCAAUAUGUUCAUCCAAGUAUUACCAACAUUUACACAAGUCUUGAACAAUUAUCAUUAGGUGUGGAGAAUCCUAAAUUAACCAUUGAAAUCUUAAAGAAAUUAAGUGAUUUGAUUAGUACAUCUGUGGGAGAUGAUUCAUUAGCUUAUGCAUACACUGGAUCAAGAUUGAGCAAUAUGUAUGUCACUUUGAAAGAAUACAGACAUGGGUUAGAACAUGUUGUGAUGGCAGAAAAAGUUUUCACUAAGGAGUUGGGUGCUAAUCAUGUUCAAACUGCUCAAGCUAAACAAUGGGUUACUGGGUUGACUAAUUUAUUGAAUAAUAUUCAAAAUAAGAUCAAUGAAGAACAAAAGCAAGUUCAAGAAUCUCAUCAAUCAAAGGCAAAGGCUAGUAGUACUGGUAGCAGUAGUAGUAAUAACAAUUCGCAUUCUAAGAAGAAUAAAAAAAAUAAUGAACCAAACCCGGAAUUAGCUAAGAAAUCUGUUGAUGAAUUAUUAGACUUUAUUGAAGGUGAUAGUGGUAAGAAGAGUAAGAAGAACAAGAAAAAUGGUAAGAAAUGA